AUGGCCACUGGCGUUGAAGAAGCAACAUUACGUCUUAGAAAUGUCACUAAAGACGACAGUGGAAACUACACGUGCGAAGCCAAAAGCCACGAAGAGGCAAAAAAUAAAACAGAAAUUUUCUUAAAUGUUAAUUACCCACCUGAAGGGACAGGUUUAAAAUUUAGUUAUGUUAAUGCAUCAGCCACAUUAACAUGCAAUGCUGACGCUCUUCCUCUACCAACAUACAAAAUACUUCGCAACGGAACUGUGAUUGCAACUGGCAAGAUAUUUACAAUACAUGAAAUAACGAAUAGUUCUGUUGGAAAUUAUACGUGCUGUGCAGAGAAUUUUCUUGGACGAAGUUGUUCAAUUACCCGUUUCCUAACAAUCAAAAAAAAAUUUCGAAACGGAGAUUGUAACUGUAAAACUGAAUGGUAUAUUAUUCUGGUAAUAUUAGCGUCUGGAUUUAUCGCUGGAAUUCUUUUUUCUUACAUUGUCUCAUAUUCUCGUCGUAAAUUCAAAAGUAGGAAAUCCAAAUCAAAACCUGAACCUCCAACACCUCAAGUUGAUUCAACUUAUCAAGAACUGGUCCUUAAGAAAAUGAACAAGGAAGACAAUUAUCAAACAUUGAGAGUAAAUGCUGUAAGAAAUGACGGUGUGAAUGACGAUGAGUCAAAUUAUACCGAGUUGAACAAAGUCAGGGAUGUCGAUGACAAUUAUCAAUCUUUAACUUAA